AUAAAAUAACUACUCAAACAAUUAUACAUGCAUGGCAGCGAACUGGUAUUUUACCUGAUGGUACUGAUGUUAAUGUUGAUAAUGAAACUAUCCAAUCUAUUGAGCAAUCAACCAAUUCCGAAUUACUAAUGCUUAUAAAUAAAUUUUCUCUUGGCAUUGAAGAAAAUCGAAUAGAAUUAGAUGAAUUUAUUAAUUUAGAUAAUUAUAUUGCAGCUAAUGAAAUGCUGUCAAUGAAGUCUAUAAUUGAAACAGUUGAAGGAAAAGAAUCUUCCGAACCUGAUCUUUCAUUAAUCCAACAUAUUUUCUAUAAAUCAGCACUUGAAU